UUAAUUUUACUGAUUGAGUCAACUUUUAAGUGUUUUACACAUAAUAGCUAAGUUUUGUUGCUAAGUGAUUUGUAUAUUGGCUGCUUUUAUCUGUUCUGUCCUUUGGUUCACAGGAAGUCCCAGCAUAUAUUUCCUUGAGUGUUGAUGAUUAACAACUUUUGCUCUCAGUGAACACAGCCACACACGAUGACUGGAUCGACUCUCAACUGACAUCAUAUCAUGUCCCCCUUCGAAUCUUCUCACGCUUGACCCUGCCCCCCUGUAGCAAGGUUCAUUUAGAAGAUCACAGGUGCUUCAUUCAUCGACACUUGUGCGUGAGUGGCGGACAGCUUCAAGAUGGAUUUUGAAUUCUCCUUUGCGAAGACCAAUGCGGGAAACAAAACGAAAUCGUCCAUUGCUAAUGCUGCUGAUAUAUCUGUCAUUGUGAUAUAUUUUGUGGUGGUCUUGGCUGUUGGAAUAUGGGCCAUGAUUCGCACCAACCGCUCCACUGUGGGUGGCUUCUUCCUGGCCGGCAGAAGUAUGAUUUGGUGGCCGAUCGGAGCAUCUCUUUUUGCCAGUAACAUCGGAAGCGGGCACUUUGUGGGAAUUGCCGGGACGGGGGCGGCCACCGGAAUAGCCAUUGGUGGAUUUGAAUGGAAUGCUCUCGUUAUGGUGGUUUUGCUGGGUUGGCUUUUUGUGCCUAUCUACAUUAAAGCUGGGGUGGUCACCAUGCCCGAGUACCUGAAGAAGAGGUUUGGCGGGCAGCGCAUUCGUAUCUACCUCUCUGUGCUCUCCCUCUUUCUGUACAUUUUCACCAAAAUCUCAGCGGACAUGUUUUCCGGCGCCAUUUUCAUCAACCAGGCACUGGGCAUCAACAUCUAUUUGGCCGUCGUGAUGUUGCUACUGAUUACGGCGUUGUAUACCGUCACAGGUGGCUUGGCAGCAGUGAUCUACACAGACACCUUACAGACCAUCAUUAUGAUAGUCGGAUCAUUUGUUCUGAUGGGCUUUGCCUUCCAUGAAGUGGGCGGCUAUUCAAACAUAGAGGACCGUUACAUGAGCGCCAUUCCCUCCAUUACGGGGAACUUCAGUGAGGAAUGCUACAAGCCUCGAGAUGACGCUUUCCACCUUUUUAGGGACCCCAUCACAGGAGACUUGCCAUGGCCCGGCCUGGUUUUUGGACUCUCUAUUCAAGCCUUGUGGUACUGGUGCACGGAUCAGGUGAUCGUGCAGCGUUGCCUUUCCGCUAAGAAUUUAUCCCACGUUAAAGCCGGUUGCAUCUUAUGUGGCUAUUUGAAGCUCUUGCCCAUGUUCCUGAUGGUCUUCCCCGGAAUGAUCAGCAGGAUCCUUUACACUGAUGAGGUCGCCUGCGUGGAGCCGGAUGAAUGUCUAAAACACUGCGGCACUAAAGUGGGCUGCAGCAACAUUGCUUAUCCCAAAUUGGUGUUGGAUCUGAUGCCCGACGGUCUGCGUGGUCUUAUGCUGUCGGUCAUGCUGGCCUCUCUUAUGAGUUCCCUGACCUCCAUCUUCAACAGCGCCAGUACCCUCUUCACCAUGGACGUCUACACCAAGAUCCGUGGCGACGCCACCGAGAGGGAGCUCAUGAUCGCCGGCAGGCUUUUUAUUGUGGGGCUGAUUGGAGUGAGCAUCGCGUGGAUCCCCGUGGUGCAGUCGGCCCAGAGCGGUCAGCUCUUUGACUACAUCCAGGCCAUCACAAGCUAUCUGGCGCCGCCCGUGUCUGCCGUUUUUGUACUGGCUAUUUUCUGCAAGCGAGUCAAUGAGUCUGGUGCCUUUUACGGGCUCUUCAUCGGCCUCCUGAUCGGCCUUUCCAGGAUGAUUACCGAGUUUGCUUACGGCACGGGCAGCUGCGUGGAGCCCAGUAAAUGUCCCACUAUCAUAUGUGGUGUUCACUACCUCUACUUCAGCAUCAUCCUCUUUGCGAUCUCCUGCGUAAUCAUCAUCGGCGUCUCUCUCGUGACCGAACCCAUCCCCGACAAACACUUAUAUCGACUAUGUUGGAGCCUGAGGAACAGUACUGAAGAGAGGAUUGACAUGGAGGAAGACGACUGGAAAGAAAAUGUCAACAACAGUACGGUAAUAGAAGAACCAAAGGAAGAACCAGGCUGCUGCAAGAAGGCGCUAGAGGCUUUCUGCGGCCUGGAUCAGAAAAAAGCUCCGCAGCUGAGUGAGGAGGAGCAGGCCGAGUUGCAGAAAAAGCUCACAGACACAUCUGAAAUACCACUAUGGAGGAAUAUUGUCAACAUCAACGCAGUCAUCCUUCUUGGUGUGGCUGUUUUCUUUCAUGGAUUUUAUGGAUAAGUAUUCAUACUAUAUAUAAACAACGGGCUUUUAUUCAAAAUAGCACUUUCUUACAUUUUGUCCAUGUUAUGAUUGUUGUUUUGUUAAACAAUUAAGCACCAGUUAUACAUAUAUAUACAUAUAUAUAUAUACAUAUAUUUGCACUGACAAAUGAUAAUAAAAUGCCCUAUAAAAUUCUUCACAUGCGGGUCCAGUGUUGAUUAUUUAAAAGAGAAAGUGUUUACAUUUUGUAAUUGACAAGACAAUAAAAUAAUACUAUCAAAAAUAACGAAAUAUGGAAUAUUUCAUUACAAUAUUCAUUCAAAUGUGGAUCAGGUGUAAAUGUUCUAAUUGUUGGCAUUUUCCCACAAAUAAUGCAUUUAUUUAAAUUAAAUCAAAUUGAAAUAAAACAUUUGAUUAAAAGGACAAUUUGAUCAAAUUAUUUAGUUCCAACACAUGGAUCCAGUGUCAAUUAUUAUUAUUUUUAAAACAAAUUUUCUUUCAUUCUAAAUGUUGCAUGGAAUUGCCGUGACGGCUUCGUGUUUAAUUCAUCAUUCCAAACACUCAUGAAUACUUGAUGGAACAGAAACAUGGCUGGGGACUUGAUUUGGAACAUAGCAUGCUUAUCCCAGACAAUACAAUCUCACUGGAUGAAAUAAGAGUGAGUUUUGAGGACUACUUAUUGCGACACUGACAGUGUGGACUUCCUGAGGUCAAGAUGUUGAGAUUUCACUGACAUAUUGCUGUGCUGAGCUCAUCUUCGCAUUAGUGACAGCUAAUUAGCUCGGCAGGAAGCUGCAGGGCUGGACAAAAGCGGGCCACCAAGUUUACAAUAGACACAAUCCUACAGCUAUUUGUGACUUAUGUAAUCAAAUGAUUUGGGAUUUUCUUGCUCCAUGGAUCCGAGGAUUAUUCUUUUUUAGGAUGAAAGCUUCAAUUAUUUGUAUUAUGCAAUAUGAAGCAAAGAUGCUGCCUUUAAGUUGACUGCUGAAUAUAGGACACAGGAUAUGGGAAAAUAGCGUGAAAGAAUAUUGCUUGUAAGCUGGUCGAGUAAGCUUUUGUGUUUUAUUAUUAUUAUUAUUACGUUGUGUUUUCUUACUUAUUUCUAUAUUGCUUUUAUUUAUUAAAACCACAAAUUGGUUUAAAAAAAAAAGAGGUUAAUUUGUUUGAUUAGAAUGGAUUAACAGCAAUAACAUAUCAAUGGGAGAAAUUACCUUGAUUUAUGAACAAAUUUAAGUUUGUAACUUGAGAGUCAACUGUAUAAAUUACUGUACUAAAUUACAUCCUGACAUGUCAAUAUUAUAACAGGACUCAUUAAAAAAAGUAUUAUUAACUAUAUCGAACUGUGUUAAUAACCAUUUUUUUAAAAAAUCGCUUUUUAUAGAGAAUGUCAGCAAUGGAAAAAAUGCAUCUGAUUGAGCUUGGAUCUUGCAGUCAGCAUUUUUUUUUUUUUUAACAGACAUGAUUUGUUAGUGGAAUUUAUG